GCCGAUGAGGUGAAAGGAGACGCGCUUUUUCCUUCCCUUUCAGCCGAAAUGGAAACUCAGGAUGCCAAUGGUUCAGAAGGGAAGGUAACUGAUACUCGGGCUUACCUAGAUCAGACUGUUGUCCCUGUUCUACUAAAAGGAUUAAAUAUGCUUGCAAAGGAGAGGCCUCCUAAUCCCAUCGAAGCUUUGGCGACGUUUCUCAUGCAGCAUAAAGAGGAAGUCGUUAAUAAUUUAGGCUAA